AUGGGCACGCAAAAUGUGUCUCAAAGGGCUGACCAAGAGGGCUUGAUUGCAUGCUUAUGCGUCGCCAUCGUCUUCGUCCUUAUGCGUACUGGCGCACGCUGGUAUAAGCUGCGCAAGGUUCCCUACCAGAUGGAGGACAUCUUUAUGUACUUCGCACUGGCCUCAUUUAUCCUCACGGUUGCACUAUACUAUGCAACAAUCGAUGCAUUUUUCAAAGUCACCGCCAUUGCGGAAGGCCGCGCACAACCAUAUACUGGACUCUCCGACGACCUGGUCGCGAUGCUGAAGGAGUUUUUUGUUGUCCAAUUCUUCUUCUGGUCGACGCUUUGGGCUGUCAAAUGGAGUCUCCUAUUCAUGUUCAAGCGACUCACCGAAGGCUUGCCUCUCUACACACAGAUUUGGUGGGGAGUCAUGGCCUGGUUUACGGCGGGUGAAUGCAGCACGAGCGACCGAGAUGCGCGCGCCAAGGCGAUUAGCCUAUGGUUCAGCUUAGCCGCUGAUUUAUCUACAGAUCUCCUGAUCAUGGCCGUACCACUCCGCGUAUUGUGGAAUUUAAAAAUCUCUCGAGUCGAAAAGCUCAGCAUCGGACUCAUUUUUGCCGUCGGCAUCAUCACAAUGGCCACUGCCAUUAUUCGAAGCGUAUCACUCAACUCAAGCUCGAGCACAGGACAAGUCAGCACGACAUGGCUAAUGCUGUGGGCUGGCAUCGAAGGAGCUGUCGCCAUCAUUGUAGGCUGCCUGCCUGCCUUUGCCAUAUUCAUCCGCGGCCGAGUAAUCGCCUCAAAAGCGCAGUACGAGGGCGACUCGAAUCAAAGUCCGCCAGACUACAACUCGCAGCCAAAAUCCCGCGAGCGGGCCAACAGUCUAGGGUCGCAAGAUCCCAAUCCGGUAUGGGAAACUCGUGACAAUUCCAGCGACAAAAGCUUGGUCGACUCUAUUACCGUCGCUCGGCCAUGGUCACAGAGAUGGCACGGCCCGAAUCGGCAAGCCAUACAACGAGAUCCCGAGGCUGGUCACGAAUUGCGACCGGUGCCGCCAUCUUAA